AUGCUUGCCUCUGUGUCCGCACAUCAUAGUCUACCGGAUACCCAACGAACUGGAUCGGCCCAGCAUAACUAUAACUCUGAGUACCUGCGGUCCAACCCCAUCUCCUUCGUGGUGGAAGCGCAUACCAGCCGAAUCCUGUUGGCCUCUCGGGAGUUACCGUACAACUCCAAAUACAACAGGAUACGAGAAAGCUAUCUCACUCAGGCUCCGUUGGACCUGCUUGCUUUCUCAAAGUGGUCAGAGGGUACAGAGCGCGUCACCGGCGAAUUCCUCCCACCGACGGUGUCUGAUGAAAACUGCACAUGCACAGUUGAAGAGUUGAAGAGGUUAGUCCUGUGUAUCUGUGGGUUUGAUAUUGGCCGGGUUGUGGCUAUAUACCUCUGCUCUGUUGAGUGGCUGACGAACGAAUGCGCAAUUAAGACUAGUGAUCGGUUUUAA